AAAAUAAAAAAAACGCAAUGAACGUGGAGACAAAGUGCGGCUUUUGUGGAGUUGAGUCGAAGCUGAAGUGUGCCGGUUGCCAGCAGGUCUACUAUUGCAGUCCGGAGCAUCAAAAGAAACACUGGCGGGCGAAGCACAAACAGGAAUGCGCCAAACCGUUCGAGCUGGCUACGAAUGAAGAGUUUGGUCGCCAUCUCUCGGUAACCAGGCCAAUCCAGAAGGAUACGGUUCUGUUUACCGAGAACCCGCUGGUGAUUGGGCCCAAGUGGAACCUGGACGAGUACGAGCAACGGUCGGUGGAAGUGCCGUGUGUCGGCUGUUUUGCCGACUGUCGCAUGGGACAGUUUCAAUGCGCACAGUGCCACUGGCCGGCCUGCAAACCCGACUGCCCCGGAUGA